AUGAAUUUGUUCAAGUCUGACUCCCUCAACUCGACGCUGAAUAUUGAGCUAGAUGCCGAACACCCUCACCAACCGGGCGAUGUGGUCACUGGGCGAAUCUACCGGAAGCUUCCUAUUGCCUGUGAUCACGCCACACUCAAGCUGAGGCUUCAUGGCCAAGUGCGAACCAAGAUUCCGCAGUUCAAUGGGCAGAUGCAAAUGUUGGACCAGAGCCAAAUUAUCCAUGACGGGCCGGUUUACUUGCCUUCGGGACAGCUGCGCCAGGAUUGGCCCUUUACAUUGACGAUUCCAACGCACAUUGACUCGGCGUGCCUCUCUGCAGACGCAAACCCCAAAAAGUAUUUUUUCCCACUGCGAAACGAUGAUGGCACGACGGCGAUAUUACCACCGACCUUCGAUGGGACUUACGACUCAGACCGGAAAGCUGUCAUCGAGUAUACCCUCGAAGCUGAAAUGGAACUGGAGGGGCAAGGGAAGAGCGGCAAGGCCAAGGCCGUACUGCCAAUCAUUAUAGAAUAUUUCCGCACUGGAGAGUCGUUGACAUCUACGCCAUUCAACUUUUGUCAGAAAGAACUGUCCGUGUCUUCACAAAGAUUGAUCCCGGGAAAAGAGAACACCAAGCUUUCUACCUCGCAGAAGAUGAAGGGUUUGUUCAGCUCCCGCUCGACCCCGACCUUCACUUUCCAGCUCAUAAUUGCUGUCCCCAAACUGAUUCAGCUGGGGAACCCAUAUUUCGUCCCAUUCCAAAUGAAAGCCGCCCCUCUGUGGGACAAGUCACAGGAGAGCCUGGGCAAGUUAUCGCCCAAGAUUGUUAUAAAGCGCUUCGCUCUAGAGGUUAUUACUCGCGUGACGGUCAUGGGGCCGAUGAAUUCAGGCGUGGGAAGGUUCUGGGACCGGAACAAGAUUAUCAACACCAAUCUUGCCCUGAUGCGUCUUGGCUAUGAGUUGGAGGUACCGUGUGACGAGGCUUCGACACCCGCGGUCGAUUUGGGCAAUGCGGUGAAAUUCCAAAUUCCCUAUGAGAAGGAGAUGAAUUUCCACGCAAAUCACUUGAGGCCGAGUUUUGAUACGCAUUUGAUCCGCAACGUUCAUAUUUUGAAAUGGAAAGUGGAAAUCGAUGUUGUUGGGAAGAACUUUGUGAUUGAAGAUUAUCACUACUUCCAGGCAGUGCCGCCCGUCUCGCCUUAUCUUGUUCAUUCUACACCCGGAGAAAAGAGGCUUGCAGGACUGUAG